GCUGGGGAUGAGGACACUGUGUGGCUGCAGAGAGAGAGCUGGCUCUGUCUGAUGUUACAGGAAGCAUUAAUAAUAAGCUCAAAGACUGGGAAAGAGUUUGGGAACCCAACUGGAAAGGUCCAUCCACUGACCCUCAUACAGUAGAAACUCUUAGGGCUUCCAAGUUUCAUCGCUAGGCCAUAGCCAUGAAUUUCCUACGCAGACGUCUCUCUGACAGCAGUUUUGUGGCCAACCUUCCCAAUGGCUACAUGAUGGACCUUCAACGACCAGACAAUUCCACAAGUUCCCCGGUGUCCCCGGCCAUGGAGAGGAAACAACAGCAACCUUCACAGGUUCCAUCUUCUACUUCUGCACCAGGUUCAAGCCUCUUCAGUUCUUUCACCAAUGCAGUAAAGCAGAGCACUGCAGGCCUAGUAGAGCAGACCGGACCUCCGCCACCUCCUGUGGUCCUGAAACCCAAGAUUCUCCUGGUGAUUGAUGAUGCCCACACAGAUUGGGCCAAGUAUUUCAGAAGCAAGAAAGUGAACAAGGAUUAUGAAAUUCGGGUGGAGCAGGCCGAAUUCUCAGAACUGAACCUAGCUGCAUAUGUUAACGGUGGCUGCAUGGUGGAUAUGCAAGUAAUCCGGAAUGGCACCAAGGUGGUGAGAUCCUUCAAACCGGACUUUGUGCUUAUCCGUCAGCAUGCAUACAGCAUGACUCUUGGGGAGGAUUUCAGAAGCCUGAUCAUGGGCCUGCAGUAUGGGGGAGUGCCCAGCGUCAAUUCUCUGUACUCCAUCUACAAUUUUUGCAGCAAACCCUGGGUGUUUUCGCAGCUCAUUAAGAUCUUCCAUAGACUCGGCGCUGACAAGUUCCCCUUAGUGGAUCAGUCCUUCUUCCCAAACCACAAGCAGAUGCUGACGACACCAAGUUUUCCAGUGGUAGUGAAAAUGGGCCACGCUCAUGCUGGAAUGGGCAAGGUUAAAGUGGAUAAUCAGUAUGACUUUCAGGAUAUGGCCAGUAUCGUGGCCAUGGCGAAAACCUACGUGACCUCUGAGCCAUUCAUAGACUCCAAAUACGAUAUCCGCAUUCAGAAAAUCGGCAAUAACUACAAAGCCUAUAUGAGGACAUCGAUUUCUGGGAACUGGAAGGCAAACACUGGAUCGGCCAUGUUGGAACAGAUCGCCAUGACUGACAGAUAUCGCUUAUGGGCAGAUUCAUGCUCUGAACUUUUCGGCGGUCUGGACAUCUGUGCUGUGAAAGCCGUCCACAGUAAAGACGGCAAAGAUUUUAUCAUUGAGGUGAUGGACAGCUCCAUGCCUUUGAUUGGAGAGCACGUGGAGGAAGACCGCCAGUUGGUGGCCGAUCUUGUUGUUGCAAAGAUGACAGAGCAUGUCCAGACCAAAUCGUCUUCUCAGCCCAGACAGCAGCCCCAACAAAUGCAGCCACAGGCCAUCAAACCACAAAUGCAGCCACAGCCGGGUCCACAGGGAGCUUCAGGAGUUUCGGCAUCAGCACAGCCGCGGCCCCCACCACAAGGUGGAGCCCGGCCAGGACAAGGGCCAGCACCUCCCAGGACAGGGGCCCCACCUCAACAAAGGCUUUCUCCACAAGGACAGCAGCCUCAAACAUCCCAGCCUAGUUCCCCACAGCCACAAAGAUCUCCAAAUUCCCCUCAACUGCCCAGACCAGCCAGUGGCACCCCUCCGGGACAGGCACCCAAAUCUGCCUCCACCUCUCCACAGCAGCCCAGACCCCCUACUCAGGGGCAGCCACAGCCCCAACAGGCGCAGAUGGGAGCAGCUGUCAAGUCUCAGCCCUCUCCUCACCCUCACCUAAACAAAUCCCAGUCACUGACCAACAAUUUCAAUAUCUCCGAUCCCUCACAAAAAGGUUCCAGUAAUGAGGAUGAAGCAAAAGCUGAAACCAUUCGAAACUUGAGGAAAUCCUUUGCCAGCCUGUUCUCUGACUAAUCUCCGGUUCUUAUAGCCUUCAAAGAGGUAUAUUCAGUCCAACAUCACCCAAAUUUACAAAUAAAAUACAACGAUCCUUUCAAAUCAUGCCCUCUGUGAUAGGAUCGCAUUGAAACAUCUGAUCCAGUCCCUUCAGAACCUCAGAUCUUCCGUUCAAGAAUUGUAUUAACCGCUGUUAUAAAGCAACGGCAACUGGGCUUAAUGAACUUUAGAAGCUUGCCACUGACAUCUCAAGAUGCUUUUAAAUGUUCCUAAUCAGCUGGAUAUAGAAAACGUGACAUUGUUCAACCGCUGGGAUUCCUCUCCAGAUAGCCAGACUCCCAGAUGUCUGCUUCCGUGGUGUCCCCUUGUGUACAUAGUAUAAAAAAAAAA